AUGGGAGAAGAGUAGGGCGUCUAAGCGGCACCCCUGGCCUCCUCGCCUCUCCUCUCCACACCUCGCUCUCGCGGCCUGCCCGCCCUGCCGCCUGCUCGCCGCCUCGGAACACCUUCGACCAUGGCCACCUCAGCGAGCUCCCACUUGAACAAAGGCAUCAAGCAGGUGUACAUGUCCCUGCCUCAGGGUGAGAAGGUCCAGGCUAUGUACAUCUGGAUUGACGGUACCGGAGAAGGGCUGCGCUGCAAGACCCGGACCCUGGACUGUGAGCCCAAGUGUAUAGAAGAGUUGCCUGAGUGGAACUUUGAUGGCUCUAGUACCUUUCAGUCUGAAGGCUCCAACAGUGACAUGUAUCUUGUCCCUGCUGCCAUGUUUCGGGACCCUUUCCGCAAGGACCCCAACAAGCUGGUAUUCUGUGAAGUCUUCAAGUACAACCGAAAGCCUGCAGAGACCAAUUUAAGGCACACCUGUAAACGGAUAAUGGACAUGGUGUGCAACCAGCACCCCUGGUUUGGAAUGGAGCAGGAAUACACUCUGAUGGGCACAGAUGGGCACCCCUUUGGUUGGCCUUCCAAUGGCUUCCCUGGGCCCCAAGGUCCCUACUACUGUGGCGUGGGAGCAGACAAAGCCUACGGCAGGGACAUCGUGGAGGCUCACUACCGGGCCUGCCUGUACGCCGGCAUCAAGAUCGGGGGCACGAAUGCCGAGGUCACGCCUGCCCAGUGGGAGUUCCAGAUAGGACCCUGCGAAGGAAUCGACAUGGGCGAUCAUCUCUGGGUGGCCCGUUUCAUCCUGCACCGCGUGUGCGAAGACUUCGGCGUGAUUGCCACCUUUGACCCUAAGCCCAUUCCUGGGAACUGGAACGGCGCUGGCUGCCACACCAACUUCAGCACCAAGGCCAUGCGAGAGGAGAAAGGCCUGAAGUACACUGAGGAGGCCAUCGAGAAACUGAGCAGGCGGCACCAGUACCACAUCCGAGCCUACGAUCCCAAGGGGGGCCUGGACAGCCGGCGCCUAACUGGAUUCCACGAAACCUCCAACAUCAACGACUUUUCUGCCGGCGUGGCCAACCGUGGUGCUAGCAUCCGCAUUCCCCGGACUGUCGGCCAGGAGAAGAAGGAUUACUUUGAAGACCGUCGCCCCUCUGCCAACUGUGACCCCUUUGCGGUGACAGAAGCCCUCAUCCGCACGUGUCUUCUCAACGAAACUGGCGAUGAGCCCUUCCAGUACAAAAACUAAGCGGACUAGACUUGUAGCCAUCAGACCCCUCCUAAUUCUGCAUCCCGCUCCUUCUCAACUGUCAUAAUAGCUGUAACUCAAAGGACGAAAUAUCAUGGUCUUUUUUUA